AUAAAAUACAAAUACAAACACUAGGGGGCAGUGCUGAGCUCAGACACUCCGGCGGCGCAGAAGAAGAAGACCCGUGUCCUUCACAACAACAUGGCUACAGCUACUAAAAUCAUACAACGUUUGCGAAAUUUCUUAGCAGGGCAUGAUCUGCAACCCAAACUACAGCUACGAUAUGAGGAGAUAUCAAAGAGGACACAGCCACCACCCAAACUAGCAGUAGGCCCGAGCCACAAGUUUGCAUUUAACUAUUAUUAUACUCGGGAUGGCCGCAGGGAGUCUGUACCCGCCACAGUUGUGAUGUCAUCGCAGAAGGCUCUUACAGCUGGCAGUCAAGUUGCUGAGACUCCAAAGGCUCCAGUGACGCCAGGAGCUGUUUACAAAGAGCCAUCGCUUUCCACAGACCAGCCGUACCUCUGAGCAGCACAGCAGACCUCUUCAUUACCUUUCCAUACGGAUGUGCUGAAGGUCCAUGGCUACAACUUGUCUUGUACAAUAGAAAGUGUGAAUAAAAUCUAUAUGUAAACCUUU